UCCGGCUCCAGACUUCCCACAAUCCUCAGCUCCUCUCGUCUCGCCCGCCUCCCGACCCUUCUUCCGGUCGCGAUGGCUGCGCCCAUGGCUGGGAUGCUGCGAGGGGGUCUCCUGCCCCAGGCGGGCCGGUUGCCCACCCUCCAGACUGUCCGCUAUGGCUCCAAAGCCGUCACCCGCCACCGACGCGUGAUGCACUUUGAAAGGCAGAAGCUGAUGGCUGUGACGGAGUACAUCCCCCCCAAACCGGCUGUCAACCCAAGAUGCCUGCCACUUCCUCCUAGCCCCCCCAAGGAGGAGACGGGCCUUAUCCGGCUCCUCCGUCGGGAGAUUGAGGCACUUUUCCGCAACAACCGCAUGAUCGCCGUCUGCCAGAACGUGGCUAUGGGGGCGGAGGACAAGCUGCUGCUCCGUCACCAGCUGCGGAAACACAAGAUCCUGAUGAAGGUCUACCCCAACCAGAUCCUGAAGCCCUUCCUGGAGGACUCCAAGUACCGCAAUCUGCUACCGCUGUUUGUGGGGCACAAUCUGCUGCUGGUCAGUGAGGAGCCCAAGGUCAAGGAGAUGGUCCGCAUCCUGAAGGGGGUGCCCUUCCUGCCUCUGCUCGGCGGCUGCAUUGAUGACACCAUCCUCAGCAGGCAGGGCCUUGUCAACUAUGCCAAGCUUCCCAGCCUGGCCUUGGCGCAGGCGGAACUGGUGGGCAGACUCACCCACCUCAUGGCCCAGACCCACACCCUGCUUCAGAACCAGCCACUGCAUCUCACAGCCCUGUUGGAUCAGCACGCCAGGCAGCAACCCACAGAGGACCCUGCGGGGCCAGCUGAGGGGCAGCCAGCUCCUGGCACCGGGCCGGACUCUUAGCCAGUGUACCAUCACUGGCCUGGCCACUGACAGCGACCUCCUCAGACACUGGCCCCCACCUCCACAUCAGAACCAAGACCUCCUCCCUGGCCAUCCCGAUGGGGGAGCUGAUGGGAGUGGGGUCUCUUUCGGCUCAAGAUCAAGACAGCAGCAAUAAAGCUAGUCCCUGGCUGUGUGCGUCCCGUCCCCCGGUCCCCUGGAGUCCAACCUGCCUGUUAUUCACUGUGCUUUGGUCAGCCCCCAUUGGAGAACCUGUGGUGGCACUGCCCUUAGCCGUUUUCAUGUCUUGUUUUCUCACCACGUUAACCUCCCUUCUCGGCAGGGAGACUGUGACAGCAGUGGAGAUGUCGAUACUGUGUGCCUGCCUGAGGUCAGCAGGUCGUAAGCGGUGGGCCAGAGUGGUCUGAAUGAAGCCUGUGCCCUGGCUUUCUACACCAGCUCCUCAGUGUAGGGGUCCCAGGUGUGUCCGGGCGUACUCUGCCCUCAGGCUGGGCCAGGUUUGGGAAGGUUGGGGGCUCUGCUUUACAAUACAAUAAAAUGC